UGUAUUUAAUUUAUUUUUUCCGUUUUUCAUACGUUUUGCACUUGAUGCAGAGUGCAGACUACAGUCGAAAAGUUGGGCAGAACAAACGGCAAAUCUGUACGUGUCAGCCAUUACGAGGAUUUUUUGUUUGUGCUGUUUAUAAGUCUUGGAUGCGUUGAGCCCGUCAGGCGUCAGAGCGUAAUCAUCAAUGGAGGGGAGUCGCGCGAGUAAGAGUAGCCAGAAAGCGGGGACCUCCGGCAGCAGCAGCAGUCAGACGGCCAACAAAAACAAGCGCAGCCGCCAGUCCUCCCCGCCCGUCCCUUCCCGCAACAGCAGUGCGUCAGGAACUGGCGCCUCCAGUCGCAACGCCGAUCUGUCGUCGUCCAACAAGCGCUCGCCAGCUCCUGCGCCUGGCAGGAGCGCCAGUUCCUCCAAAUCGGGCGCGUCAGGAAGCAGUCUUAAGCGCAAGGAGCCCGAGCUCAGCGAUCUAGACGACGACAGCAGUCUGUCUGCGUCGCACGCGCCCCCGCCCCCGGCGACGGCGGCCGGCAGUCGCGAGCGCGAGGGCAAGGACGGCGACAGUCUGCUGCACGACAGCGACUCGCAUCCCGGCCACAGCAAGCUGCCCGGGGGGAAGGGGGCCCGCGAGAAGGAGGGGCACGCGCAGCAGCAGCCCCCGCAGACCGAUUUCCAGCCCAUCAAGGGCGCCCUCUUCAAGGACAUGGACGCCGAUGAAGAACGGGAAAAGGAGCAGCGCCAUCGCACCCAGGAAGUGUCCCCGCAAAGCUACAAUAUAAUUAUUCCUAGCUAUUCAGCAUGGUUCAGCUAUGAUAGCAUCAACGCGAUCGAAAAGCGCUCCCUGCCGGAGUACUUUAAUUCCCAGAAUGCCUCCAAGAGUCCCGAGGCGUACAUGACUGUGCGGAACUUCAUGAUCGACUCGUACCGCCUGAACCCCACCGAGUACCUGACCUCCACCUCGGCGCGCCGCAACCUCACCGGCGACGUGUGCGGCAUCGUGCGCAUCCACGCCUUCCUGGAGCAGUGGGGCCUCAUCAACUUCCAGGUGGACUCCGACAACCGCCCCAUGGGCUUCGGACCCAGCAACACGGCACACUACAACAUCCUGCUGGACACGCCGGUGGGCAUCCAGCCGCUGCAGCCCGUCAAGCACCAGGGCCUGCCCAGCGCCAACGCCGACUACAUCUGCAAGCUGUCCGACGUCACCAAGGAGCAGCAGGAGGCCGACGCCGCCGCUGCCGGGGCACCGGCGCCCGGCGGUUGUGGGGAGAACGCCGGUCCGAGCUACGGUCUGCGCGCCGACAGCUACAUCAAGCGCUCGGCGGCCAGGGGCAAAGUGGGCCGCGAAUGGACGGAGCAGGAGACGCUGCUGCUGUUGGAGGCCCUGGAGAUGUACAAGGACGACUGGAACAAGGUGGCCGAGCACGUGGGCUCGCGCACGCAGGACGAGUGCGUGCUGCACUUCCUCAAGCUGCCCAUCGAGGACCCCUACCUGGAGGACUGCAAGGACAUUGGUCCCCUGGCGCACUAUCCCAUUCCCUUCAGCAAGGCGGGCAAUCCCGUCAUGACCACGGUGGCUUUUCUGGCGUCCACGGUCGAUCCGCGCAUUGCCAGCGCCGCGGCACAGGCGGCUCUCGAGAAGUACUGCAAGUUGAAGGAAGAAGUGCCGCCGUGGCUGGUAGAGACGCACCAGAAAGCGGUGGGCGAGGCGUUCGACGCGGCCAAACGCGGCGAAGGCGCCCUGCCCGACGACCGCUUCGGGCUGGCGGCCAUGAACAUCGCCGGACUGGCCGAUGGCGAGAACAGCGGAGAGAAGGCCCCGGCGGCGCCGGAUGCGGCUGCCGGUGUCGCGGAGGAGAGUGUCACCGCGGCGGCGGUCCCGGAGCCGACGGCGUCGACCUCCACCGAUGCCACUAUGGAAAACGGGAAGAACGGGACGCCGCCGACCGCGGGCGAGGUGGCGGGCGCGGCGCCCACGGCGGAGUUGGCCAGUGACUGGGAGCGGCUGAAGAAGGUGACGGACCGCGAGAUUACCCGCAAGGAUCUGCAGAUGGCCGCCUCGGUGGCGCUCUCCAGCGCCGCGGUCAAGGCCAAGCAUCUGGCCACGGUGGAAGAGCGCAAGAUCAAGAGCAUGGUGGCGCUGUUGGUGGAGACGCAGAUGAAGAAGCUGGAAACCAAGCUGAAGCACUUUGAAGAACUGGAGAACAUUAUCGAAGCAGAGCGCGAAAAGUUGGAGCUGCUGCGCCAGCAGCUGAUCCAGGAACGCCAGCAGUUCCACUCGGAGCAGGUGAAGGCCAUGGAGGUGAAGGCGCGCCUGGCCGCCCAGCAGCAGAUGCAGCAGCAGCACGGCCCCCUGCCGGUCCUGGGCGUGGCCGCCCCCACCCCCUCCAUCUCCCUGCCGGGGGGCGCCUUCCCGUCCACUUCCGGCGGGAUGGGUCCGACGCCGCCCCAGGGACUGCAGACGCCGCUGCACAUGGACGUCGCGAUGACCGGACACCCGUCGGCCCUCAGUCCCCAGCCCAUGAUGCACCCCACCGCCGGCACGCCGGACCUGCAGCGCCCCCUCUCCGCCAACACCCCGCAGCAGCAGCAGCCACCCCCGCCCUUCCAGCCGCAGUUCGCCGCGGUGCCGCAGCGCGAGAUGGGCGGCGCGGCGCCCCCCGGCUAUCCCGGCGCGAUGCAGCUGCGCCCGCCCGGACAGAUUGCGGUGCGGGCGCCCAUGGGUGGGCAGCCGCCGGCCGGGUACCCGGCGCAGUUUGCCGGCGCGGCGCCGACCGGUCCGCAUCCCGGGAUGGGGAUGGCGCAGGCGGGCGGACAGCCCGGGCAGAUGUUCCAGCCGCAUCCGGGAUAUCCGCAGCAACAGGCCGCCGUGCAGCAGCAACAGCAGUACGCCAUGCAGCCGCAGCAGAUGCAGGCGCAGGGAUAUCCCGGGAUGCAGCAGGGCUACCCCGGCAUGCAGCAGCAACAGCAAGCGCCGCCGCAACAACAGCAGUACCCGCAGCUGUCCCAGGCGUCGCUGUACGCGGUGCAGCAGAGCCAGCCGCAGCAGCGUAUGGCGCAGAUGCAGCCAGGUGGUAAUCCGUACGGACAGCAGAUGGCUCCGGGACAGCAGCAGCAAGGACCAGCGGGAGGAGGCGCCAUGCGGCAGAUGGGCAUGAUGCCGCCGCAGGCGCAACAGCAGCCGCCCCCGGGGCAGGGCCAGCAGUCCGGACAACCGCCGCAGCAGUACGUCAUGGGGCAUUAUCCGGGCGGCGGCGGGGCGCAGAUGGGGCAGUACCACGCCCACCAGAUGCCCAUGGGGCCGCCGGGCAGCCAGUACGGGAACAUGGGCGCCCAGGGACAAGGGCAGAUGCAGCAGGCGCCCGCGCAAGGAAUGGGGAUGAAUAUGCCGAUGGCCGCCGGGGAGACGCUGCAUCGGAGUGGCUCGGAGAGUCGGCACAGCGGCAGCGACGAGUGAAACGGACGCCGCGGGAUGCGGGAGAAUUCCCUUUUCAGCGAGGGCGUUGUGUUGGAUGUUUUUUGUUAUCUCUUAGCGUUUUAUUCCGGCGCGUAUUUUCUCAUUUCUUAUGGCCGGCCGUGUCCGUGGAGGAUGGAUUCUUGUAAAUGGCUUUGCUGCUGUAUUUGUUUGCUGGCGCUUAGUGCAGUUCGAAUCUGCUUUCCAUUUUGUUUGUUUUUUUGUUUUCUCUGUGUUGAGUAUUGACAAGCGGCGUGUGGCGCGUCUUAUUGAAUUUGUAUACUAGUUACUCGUUAUAAUUUGUAUUUCAAUUGCGCUGGUUAGUCAUGAGCAGUGCGUAUCGUAAGUCGCAACCGUAAAAUCCGAUUAAAAUCUGUUGGUGUUGGA